AUGUGUGCCAAUUUCAGGCAGCUGACUAUGAUGCAGCGACCAUUGGGAACCAGCACUGCUUUUAGCAUAGACUCGCUGAUAGGCACCACGUCCCAGCCCAGCGCGGGCCACUUUGUCUACACCGGCUAUCCCAUGUUCAUGCCCUACAGACCCGUGGUGCUGCCCCAGCCGCCCCUCCAUGCCGUGCCGCCGGCUCACCACCACCCCCAGGUCAGCAACCUGCCCGGCUCCCUGCCCAACGCCUUCUGCUCCAGCCUGGGCCAGGGCAUGGCAGUCACCACGCUGAUGGCCAGUCUGCCGGGCACCGGGGAAGGCAGCAGGAGCUUCCCGCCUUCCCAGCACCAGGAGCCGGCAAGGAAGUUCAUCCAGGCCCUGGCAACUUUCGACAAGGCUUCAGAAGGGAAUCAGCCGGACAGCGAGGAACCCAAGGCGUUUCUGUGCAAAGACAGUCCCUCGCUCUCCUUCCCGGCCCCCGAGACUGUGCAGACGGCGAUCGGUGCUGUGGCACCGAACAGGGCUCAGGGGAAGGAGGAAUCGAAAGGAAACGAAGAGACCAAAGGGAAAGAGGAGAGUUUCUCAAUGGACAGCGACCUCGACUACAGCUCAGACGAGAACACAACGAGCCAGAGUCACAAAGAGGAGGACUCGGGAGCCGGACUGGAGGAGGGCUGUGUCGGGGUUCAAGGGAACAACAACCCCACCGCCUCGGUCAGUGGUAAAAACAGGCGGCGCAGGACAGCUUUCACCAGCGAGCAGCUCCUGGAGCUCGAGAAGGAGUUUCAUUGCAAAAAGUACCUUUCUCUCACCGAGAGGUCGCAAAUCGCUCACGCCCUGAAACUCAGCGAAGUGCAAGUGAAAAUCUGGUUCCAGAACCGUAGGGCCAAGUGGAAACGGGUGAAGGCGGGUAACGCCAACUCCAAAUCUGGGGAACCCUCCCGCAAUCCGAAAAUUGUGGUGCCCAUCCCUGUGCACGUCAGCCGCUUCGCCAUCAGGAGUCAACAUCAGCAGCUCGAGCAACCCAGACCCUGAAACAGGGGAGCAGAGCAAGCAAGGUUUAAACACACACCUACACACACUCACACACACACACACACACACACU